AUCAUGUGCCAGCUGGAGGGAGGACAGUUUUGUUAACUGACAAGCGAGGGACAUUUCAGUGUAAAUGCCAGGGUAAGGUUAGAGUUUUUUGGAGAUUUUUUAGACAAUUGCUCACCGUUAAAACUGAAUAUCUUGUGUUUUAAACAACUGAGUAUCGAUAAACAAACAGCACAGGACCAAUGAUCAAGCAGGCUGCUAGACAUGGAUACUGUCAAGGUAAGAGUUGGAGACAGUGUCUUUGAAACAAACAAGUCUCUACUGCUAAGAGAAUGUGAAUACUUCAGGGCACUUUACAGAUCGGGGAUGGUAGAGUGCCAUCAAGAAGAGAUUCACGUGAGGAACCUCAAAGCCCAAGGGUUCAUAAUCAUGCUGGCUGUGGCCAAUGGUGAGAGACCUAUUCUGAAUGGCGAGGACAUUUUGGAAGCCAUUGAAUGUGCUGCUUUCUUCCAGGCUGAACCUCUUGCAAGGCAUCUUCAGGAUCUUCUCAACUCCGACAACUGCCUGCUCAUGUACCAAGCCUCGGCCACCUAUGGCUUAUUGGAGCUCUGUGAGAGUUCGGCACAGUUCAUCCGCAAUAUGUAUCGUGACAUGAAAGAGGACUUGAACAAACUUCCUCAGGAGCUGAUUAAACAUGUGGAGUCUCUGGCUCCUAGUGCAUUUGUGGCAGUGGGUUCACACUCCACAUGCUCUGUGGAUGAGCUUCCUCUUGCCGCCACAAGGACAGUAUGUUACCUUGAUGAGGAUGACGAAGAUUGGAAGGUCCUCACUGCCUUGCCAAUGGAAGCCAGCACCUCUCUGGCUGGUUUGACUGUUUUGGACAACCGACUCUACGUUGUUGGAGGUGUGCACGGUGUUGAAAAGAUACCUGUCGAUGCUAGCUUUUGCUAUGAUGUUGUCACCAACACCUGGAGUUUGCUGCCAGGUCCCAGACAGCCACGGUACAACUUCACCCUAAUUGGGAUAGAAGGUUGCCUCUACGCUAUUGGAGGAGAGUCUGGAAGAACCACCAUGUCCUCGGUUGAGAAAUAUAAUGUUCCCACAAAGCAGUGGAGCUUUGCAGCACCUUUACCUCGACCGGUCGCUGGGGUCGCAUGCACCAAAGCUAUGAGCCGAAUUUUUGUGUGUCUAUGGAAGCCAAUGGAGACUAACGAAAUCUACGAAUACAUCCCAAACCAUGAUGUGUGGGUUCUGGUGAGUACACUUCUGAAGCAGCAGAGCUACGGACACUGCAUGGUGGCCCACAGGGACAACCUCUACAUCAUACGCAAUGGACCCCAAGACGAUUUCCUGCGCUGUUUGAUGGACUGCUACAACAUCACCACUGGACAGUGGACGUCAAUGGCUGGGCACUAUGGGAACAGCAAAGGGGCACUGUUCACUGCUGUAGUGACAGGGGACUCUGUGUUCACACUGAACCGCACCAUGACUCUGGAGUACGCCAUCUCAGGUAACAUGUGGAAACCUUGCAAGCAGAUGAAGGGUUUUCCCAGGAAUGGAUCUGUGUGGACAUUUCUACUCAGGAUUCCAAAGGAAAGGAAAGAAGUGACAGUGUCUUAAAUAGACAGAACCUUAUAAGCAAAUAACUAAUAAUUAGCCAUUCACAGUGAACAUUACAUUGGUUUUUAAUAAAAAUGCA